UUCUUUUCAGGCCCUGGAAACGCUGACAGGAGCGCUGUUCCAGCGACCGCCUCUUAUCGCUGCUGUCAAGCGGCAGCUCCGAGUGCGAACUAUCUACGAGAGCAAGAUGUUGGAAUACGACCCAGAGAAAAGAUUAGGUAUCUUCUGGGUGAGCUGCGAGGCGGGAACGUACAUCCGAACGCUGUGCGUCCACGUUGGGCUGUUACUGGGAGUUGGAGGCCAAAUGCAGGAGCUCCGUCGCAUCCGCUCUGGAGUCAUGGGGGAGAAGGACCACAUGGUGACCAUGCACGAUGUACUGGAUGCCCAGUGGCAGUACGACAAUUACAAGGAUGAGGGCUACCUGCGGCGCGUCAUUUAUCCUCUUGAGAAGCUGUUAACAUCCCACAAGCGGUUGGUCAUGAAGGACAGCGCGGUCAACGCCAUCUGCUAUGGAGCCAAGAUCAUGCUUCCUGGGGUUCUGCGCUACGAGGACGGCAUCGAAGUCAAUCAGGAAGUUGUGGUCAUCACAACCAAAGGGGAAGCCAUCUGUGUGGCCAUCGCCUUGAUGACCACUGCAGUGAUUUCUACCUGCGACCACGGAAUCGUGGCCAAGAUUAAGCGCGUCAUCAUGGAGAGGGACACCUACCCUCGGAAGUGGGGGCUGGGCCCAAAGGCAAGUCAAAAGAAGAUGAUGAUCAAGCAGGGCCUCCUGGACAAGCACGGGAAGCCCAAUGACAGCACGCCCACAGCUUGGAAGGACGACUACAUCGACUACAGCGUCACCGUGAAGAGCGAGCCUGUCCCGGUCCCCGUGACGCCGGUGCCCAUGAAGACCGAGAAGACGCGGAAGCGGAAACGCGAGGGGGAGAGCGAAGAGGAAGAGGACGCCCAGGGCAGCGACUACAGCGACUACGGCGAUUAUGGCGAGGAGAACGGGGAGGAGGAGGAGGAGAGCAGCCAGGACGAAGAGGAGGAGGAGCAAGAUGACAGCGAGGAGGAAAGAAUGGAGAGCGAGGAAGAGGAGGGAACUGCAGUAGGCACCAAGGAGGAGGACGACGACGACGACGAAGAGAGUGAAGCCGAAGCUUUUGUUGCUCCUCAACCGGAAGUCAGCAAAAAAAGCAAGAAGAAGAAGAGCAAAAAAGAGAAGAAGGCCAAGGUGGAGGUGGAGAGUCCGAGCAGCAGAUCCCUGGACUCGGGCACCGAAGGCUCCAAGAAGAAGAAGAAGAAGAAGAAAGCCAGACUGAUGGCCGAGGACUCCGAGUAGAGAGAGGAGCCCGUGCGGGGGGAGACGGUGGAAGCCCCCACCAAGAGGAAAAGUGACUGAAAUGACAGCGCGCCUGAGGGAGGGGGGCCCCUGGCUCGCCAUUGGCAUAGUGGGGCUUCUGUGGUGUGGGGGUAGGGCCAUCCUAUCUUGUCCUGUUUUAAGGAUAUUUGCGGGGGCGUGGGUCAGGGACAGAUGCCCACCUGUGUGUACCAUAGCUUACUACGGUAGAGCAGCUGGUGGGCGGCCGCCCACUUGCGCCACCCCGGCCAGAGCCGGUACAAGUGCUGUCCGCUGUUCUUUUUAAUCAACAUGAAAUGAGGGGAUUUCGGUGGGUCUCUUCCUUCCCUCCCUCCCUCCCUCCUCCCUUCCCCCUUCCCUCCCUUGGUUGAAAACCAUCCAUUACAAACCAUUGUUCCAUUUGAUGUUUUGCACAGGACAGAAGCCUCUGUUGCUGUGGGCAGCUGGAGUUGUUUGGGGGAGGGAGCGGGAGGGGUGCGCAAAGAUCCCAUCCCUUGUGAGGGGCAGCUUCCUUGGAGAAGGGGCUCUUGGGAUUGUUUGGGCUUCCUGUUGCAGUGUUUGUUCGAAGCCACCUUAGGCCCCGGCUCCCUGGGAGAUGGCCCUGUGCUGUGGGGUUGGCAGCACCUCUCCGAGGCUCACACACACACACGGCUGCUCCUCCCCCCCCCAGCUACUUCUGGGACGGAGGAAACCGUUCGUGCCCAUUGUCUUGUGGGGGAGGAGAAGUUGUAAUUUUUAUUUACUUUUUAUUAAAAAGAAUAAAGUACAAGAAUUAGUUUUUAA